AUGGCGGGCUGCUGCGCGGUGCUGGCCGCCUUCCUGUUCGAGUACGACACGCCGCGCAUCGUGCUCAUCCGCAGCCGUAAAGUGGGGCUCAUGAACCGGGCCGUGCAGCUGCUCAUCCUGGCCUACGUCAUCGGGUGGGUGUUUGUGUGGGAAAAAGGCUACCAAGAAACAGAUUCUGUGGUCAGCUCAGUUACUACCAAAGCCAAAGGCGUGACUGUAACCAACACUUCUACACUUGGAUUCCGGGUCUGGGAUGUGGCGGAUUAUGUGAUUCCAGCCCAGGAGGAAAACUCCCUCUUCAUCAUGACCAACAUGAUCAUCACCGUGAACCAGACCCAGGGCUUCUGUCCUGAGCUUCCAGAUAAGACCACUGUGUGUAAAUCAGAUGCCAACUGUGUUGCUGGCUCUUCAGGCACCCACAGCAAUGGAAUUGCAACAGGAAGAUGUGUGCUGUUCAAUGGGACUGUGAAGACAUGCGAGGUGGCAGCCUGGUGCCCAGUGGAGGAUGAUAGCCACGUGCCCAAACCUGCUUUUUUAAAGGCUGCGGAAAACUUCACUCUUUUGGUUAAGAACAACAUCUGGUACCCCAAAUUUAAUUUCAGCAAGAGGAAUAUUCUUCCCAACAUCACCACUACCUACCUCAAAUCAUGCACUUAUGAUGCUGUAACAGAUCCCUUCUGCCCCAUAUUCCGUCUUGGCAAAAUAGUGGAGAGCGCAGGGCACAGCUUCCAGGACAUGGCCAUCGAGGGAGGCAUCAUGGGCAUCCAGAUCAACUGGGACUGCAACCUGGACAGAACCUCCUCCCUCUGCUUGCCCAGCUACUCCUUCCGCCGCCUGGAUACCCGGGAUGUGGACCACAAUGUGUCCCCCGGCUACAAUUUCAGGUUUGCCAAGUACUACAGUCACCUGACUGGUGCUGAGCACCGCACGCUCAUCAAGGCCUAUGGCAUCCGCUUCGACAUCAUAGUGUUUGGAAAGGUAGCCUGGCUACCCCCUCCUCUCGGGGAUCUGGUUCAGACCCAGGCUUCUGGGUUGGCCAGAGACAAGGGGCCCUCUCCCCACCUCUUAUCUGUUCAUGCCCUCUAUCAUGACUUUUUCUUUUUCUCCUGUCAUUUGGAGGCUGGGAAAUUUGACAUCAUCCCCACCAUGAUCAACGUCGGCUCCGGUUUGGCGCUCUUAGGGGUGGCGACGGUGCUAUGUGACGUCAUAGUCUUCUACUGCAUGAAGAAAAGAUACUACUACCGGGAGAAGAAAUACAAGUAUGUGGAGGAUUAUGAGCAGGGUCUUGGCGGUGAGAUGGACCAGUGAUGCUUCCUCCACACUGGGCUCCCCCCGGCCCUCAUCAGAGCACAGCCAAGAGGGAGAAGAGGCUGCCGUGUCACCUCAGAGAAGGUUCCAGAUUCUGAAUCCAUCUCCACUGCACAAGAACUUCAUGGUCGCCCAGCUGUUUUGUGUGUAGGAUGUGAAUAGUAAACCACCCUGACACUUGCGGGUGUUGGGGCGACUUCUGGCCCAAGGGCGGUGGUGCUCCUGCCACUGCAGACCUGGGGGCCUCACCCAGAACCAGCCUUCCCUGGGGGGCUCCCAGCUCCAGCUCCCUGUGAGACAGGCCCAACUGAGGCCCGGCACUCGGUUCAAGCACUUUAUGAGGGAAGGAAGGACAGCCGGGUGUGGUCGCUGGACCUCUAGCACAUGCUGUCACGGGACGGUGUGUGUCCUUUGAGAAGAGGCACGCUGAGGUGGUCAUGGACCAAACAUUAAAAAGAUUUUCUCAA